AACGCACCACACGGACGUGCGUGACUCACGUCCGUGCGGAAGUAAACAAUGCGCAGCUGACGUGGAGCAGCAGCCUUCACCACCAGCGGGACCGACCGGACCUGAAUUCUCUGGUUUUGAGGAACAUUUAAUCGCUUCAGUCGUUGUUUUGAUUAAAAAUGUGUUAAACGGUCUUUGUUGGCGUCGUCUAAACUCCCGCGAUAACUAACGGCCCUCGUUAAAGCCUUGUUUUGUGAAGUAAAAUGGCGGCAGCGGAGGAGGCCAGCAGACCGUUCGCAGGGCUUUCGGACGUGUCCAUCUCGGAGGACAUCGCGGUCGAGGGGGACAUCUCUGUGCCGGUCGGCUCCUCCGGCCGGGACGACGAGUUCUCCACGCUGGACGAGCCGGUGAAGGAGACCAUCCUGCGGGACCUGCGGGCGGUGGGGAACAAGUUCAUCCACGUCCUGUACCCGAAGCGGAGCUCGGCUCUGCUGCGGGACUGGGACCUGUGGGGCCCGCUGCUGCUCUGCGUGACGCUGGCUCUGCUGCUGCAGGGCGGCGCGGCGGACAGCGACGACCAGGGGGGCCCGCAGUUCGCUGAGGUCUUCGUCAUCAUCUGGUUCGGCUCCAUCAUCAUCACCCUCAACUCCAAGCUGCUGGGCGGCACCAUCUCCUUCUUCCAGAGCCUGUGUGUGUUGGGAUACUGCAUCAUGCCUCUGACGGCGGCCAUGGCCGUGUGCCGGAUCAUCCUGGUCGGCGGCUCGGGGAAGGUCAGCUUCGCCGUGCGGCUGGUGGUGGUGACGGCGUCCUUUGGCUGGUCCACCUUCGCCUCCACGGCCUUCCUCGCCGACAGCCAGCCGCCCAACCGCAAGGCGCUGGUAGUGUACCCGGUGUUCCUCUUCUACUUCGUGAUCGGGUGGAUGAUCCUGACGUUCUCGCCGUCACAGUAGAGGAGAAGCGGAUCUGAGUUUAAAGAUGAAGAAGGUAUUUUUUUUUUUUUUUCUGAGUGAAAGAACUCAAACACCGGGAGCUGCCUGUGAUCGAAGACGAAUGACUACUGAACUGACUGAGUGUUUCUGGGCCUCCGAUACAGAAUCCAGACUCAUGAGACACCAAAAUAAUCCCAAACUAAUUCCUUCAGGCGAAGCGAUGGCUCGUGCUCAGAUUCAGGGAAGUCCAGUCGACGCUGUGCUGCAGAUGGAGAGUUGUAACGCUGAUGUCUCCCAAAUGUGUUGACGAGCUGUGCAGAAAUAAAAGUCCAUAGGCCUGUAUAUAGAAAUGCUCUAUGAAUGUUUAAACUACCAGGGCUUUGUUUCCUCCUCCUGGACCCUCUGGGUGUGUUUGAAACCUCAUACUGUUUCGCCCUGACAGCUCACAGGUCAAACUACGUUCUUCAUUUAUCAGACAUUUAACGGAUGCCUUUUGCAGAAUCCUGACGGUCGAGCUGCUGUUGAGCAACUCUGGCUGACUGGCUCCUGUAGUUUUUGGCUUCAGUCGUCUCUUUUCAGCGCGUUUCUUUUAGUAUUUUGGGGGACUUUUAUUUUUUAAUUAGUCAGAUGACAGUGGAGGGAUGACAGGAAAAGAGAGAAGAGAGAGAUCGGGAAUUACACCCACAAAACGUCUCCAGCUGGACUCGAACCGGGGAACUUCUCGGUUCAUGUUCUGAGAGUUAAAUAAGAAAAUUCACUCCACUCCCAUGUCUGUAUGAUAUACAGUCGCAGGGAAAAGUAUGUGAAACCUUUGAAAUUAAUUAAAUACAGUUGAUUUCAAAGGGUUCACAUACUUUUUCCUGCGACUGAAGCUGCAGACAGUUAGCUUAGCAUGAAGACUGGAAAACAAACCCCACCUACCACCUUUAAAGCUCACUAAUUAACACGUUAUAUCUCGUUUGUUUAAUCUGAACAAACCUUGUGUUUUCAUGGGGAGUAUUGCGUCAUGAGAGGGGAAUCUGUCCUCUCAUCCAACUCUCUGGCAAGAACGCAAAUAAGUGUGUUUCUCAAAGUUCUUCUUAAAAGCGUGGAUAAAGUUUAAAACACAGACAUCAGAUGUGAAACUUUGCUGCGUGUCUGCACAGGUGAUAUGUUCCCUUUUGGACACGGGCAGAAGGCGAAGUUUAUGACGAGCACUCUGGAUGCAGAGACUAUAAUGUGGGAUUAUAGUUAUUCUGCUUCUUCUUCGUCCAGAAGUAGAACGCCAGAGAGCGACAACCGCUGAGCUAAAAUGAACUUAAACAGUGCAGCUUUUUAAGCAGAUUAACUCUCAGCUGAAAAUGCUGGACGAGGUUUUUUAUUUUUUGUUAGGAUGUUUUUUGGAUUAGAAAUGCAGAUUACUGACUAGAGGUUUGUGUUUGCAGCACACAUCUCUGAUUUCAGUGAUUCAAAUACAACGAUUCGGUCUGAUUGUCGGCUAGUUAUACUCUCUAACGAAGGCAUGUUGCAGUCAACGGUGUAUUGCAUUGUGUUCAAGCGCAUCUUUCCUUUGCACGUUUGUUAAAUGUGACGCUUCAUCUAGAGCUUCAACGAGUAGUUAUUUUAAAAUAGUUUAAUCGCUUUGAGUCAUUUGUUAAAGGAAAAAACUUCCAAAUUUUCUGAUUCCAGCCUCUCGGAUGUGACGGUUUUCUAGUUUCUUUCCUCCUCUGACAGUAAACUGAAUAUAUUUAGGUUGUGGGGACAUUUGAUGAUGUCACCUCGGGACUUUGGGAAACACUAAUUGACAUUUUUCACAAUUUUCUGGAGCUAAUAAACUGAUUGAUUCAUCGAGAAAAUAGUCGACAGAUUAAUCAGUUAUGAAAAUAAUUUCAUCCUCCCGCCUCUGCUGGUCCUUCGAGGUCAGCUUGGUGUGUCAGGCCAUUACGUUGUUUGACAUGAGAGAAGAAACAAACGUCUUUUGGCAGCCGAAACUGGGAGCAGCUAGAGCUAAAGAGGUCGGAGCAUCCUGCUAGAAGAGAACAUUUAGGAGAGGAUUAAGAGAACACGGACUAACUAUGUUUUUGUUUCUUUUUCCUGUCGAUAACUGACCGAUUGCACCAACAGCAGCAACAUGUUCAGCCGUCUAAAACAGCAGCAGACAGCAGGUUUUAAAUGAAAAUCCCUCAGAAUCAAAGAGAGAUUAUUUACAAUGAUAAACAAUCGUACAGAGAGAAAUGAUUUCAAUAGGAACAAGAAAAGGAAGGUGUGUGUGGGCGUAAAGAAGGAUGGCUUUUUGUUUGUCUUCACCUACAGCUGAAUUAUCACACUUUCUUAGACUGUCUUCAUGCCGACUUGGACACGUGUGGGGUUCAAACUGGCAUUCUGGGAAACGUAGGAAACAAGUAACUGUUGUAGAGGUGGACGCAGCAGCUUGAGGAAUGUCACCUUCAGUGUGAAGUUUCAGAUGGGUCCAGAUGACCAAUGAAUCUCUGCUUCUCCUUCCUGAUUGUAUAUCUACUAACCUGCCUGACGACCUUUGACCCCUGCUCUUUAGACACACAUGGUGUCAACAGAUCUUCUCUAUCUAUAAAUAAUCUCCCAAAUCA